UUCUCUCCACUGCAAAGGAAGUCCCACUCCUCCUCUGAUUCCGGAUGGGCGGUUGGCCCCGCCUUCUCAUAGGCCCCGCCCCUAUGGCCAGGCGCUUAUUCCCGCUGGGACGUGGGGGCACUCUGCGAGUCCCUCGGGCCCUGGCUCAGGAUCAGUUUGAAUGAGCCUCGGCUGGCCGGCUGGGCGGGACGACCGCAAUGGCCCAAGCGAAAUCUAGACCUGGAUUUUCCGGCCACGGAGCCCAGGAUUCCAGAUCCGGGUACACUCAGCCUUCGAGGGUGAGCCCCUGAGGUUCCUUUAAACACCUCCCGGAGAAGUCCUGGAACCUAGCUCCAUUUGCUAGCGCCCCUAAACAUCCUAGAGUCUAAGAAAAGGGCAAACUGGAGCUGUAGAGGAUUUGGAUCCUCAGCGUCAGAGUAAAGAGACGCCACCUCCAUCACGAGCUGCAGAGCCGCUCAGCCAAGCGGAUUCUGCUUCUCCCUGGGAUUGAUGGACGGCUCUGUGGACAGGGCUUUCGAACUCAGGAUGCUGGGACCCGACCGCGCGGACCCAGACUGGCUGCUUCAGCACCUGCUUUGGCUUUGCCGCUGCUCCUUCCCUUUUGUCAGAACCUCUUCUCCCACUAAGAUGUCAGAACCUCUUCUCCCCAGCACUAAGAUGAGCUGAUUCUUGUCUCAGGUGGACAUGGCCUGCAGGGGUCACACUCGACCCAAGGGCCUGACCUGGGCCCUAGGACUGACCCUGGCUUGGAUCCUGCUGGGAGCCUGUGGAGGAAGCCGCCCACUCCCAGCUAUGUCCCGGAGACACCACAGGCUGGCAGCCGAUCUUGGCACAAGCCAGCUGCACCUUGCAGAGAUGGACACACCAGAGGCACUGGACCCUGGGAUGGCCCCAGAACGCUGUGGGGACCCGAGCCCCGGGUGCGAAUCCUUUCUGGGACAUCUCCAAGUUGCCCUCCACAGUCGCUUCCGCCUGCUGUUACUGGGAGCACGCCAGGCACAGCCGCUCUGUUCCGAGCUCUGCGAUGUCUGGUUUGCCACAUGUGAAAGCGAUAUUAUUUGCGGCUCGACUUGGCUCCCGAUCCUAGAAAAGAGGGGCUGUGAGCCUGGCUGCCCUACCUAUGAGCAGACCUUCGCUGACGGGGCGGAACUUUGCCGCUCGGUUCUGGGCUACGCGAUGCCGGUGGCAGCUCCUCGUGCCGGUCACUGCAUCAACAUUUCCACCUCGGUACUGCCGGGUUCCAGACAGGAAGGGAAGGCCCGAGAAAUCACCUUCCUGCGUUCCCGCCGCUCACGCACCUGGAUCCUGGAUGCCGCGGGCAGCGGGAGUGGCAGUGGAAGCGGCAGCGGCCCCUAGGGGGCGCCGGGCCUUGGAUGGGAAGUGGGAAUCCCUUCCCCCGACCCGGCCCCUCAAGAUACCCAAAGCUCCACCUCUCUCCCGCUCAGCCUUCUAGUUUCCAGAGUCCUGUCUCUCCUUCCUGGAGUCCCAGAGACUCGCUCUUCUCCAGGUGACUAGACCAAAGAAUCCAAUUCUAGCUCAUCUUCCCCUCUCCUCCCUGAAUAAAGUCUCCAACCAGA